GGCUGUACCAGAGUUCGGAGAAUGCACAAUAUACGAAAACAGGGUCUUCACUUGCAGUCCCAAAAUUAACUUCGCUAAUGAAACUCCCCAACUUCUCCACAUCAAACUCAGUAGCAUGUGAUGUAAGCAAUUCAAUUUGAGCUUCAUGACUCUCUGCGAGUAGACAAAAACCUUUGCCUCGUGCUCUUUAGUUUCCUCUCUCAACCAGAAAAAAAGAAGGAAAACCUUUACCUUUUGAAAAUAAACACUCGGCCCCCUUGAAUUUUCCAUCUACUCCUCCUUUAAACGUACCAAUCACGACCUUGUAAAGUCACCAAACCACAAACACACACAGCGGAAUGCAUAAAGAGGUCGUCUUUCCCCCUUCUCUCUGUAACAAAGCAAGAGCAAAGCACAACAUAGAUCUGAUAAAACAAAAAGAAGAAGAAGAAGCACAACAUAGAUGCCAAAACCACAUCAUUAUCAUCAUCACCCUCUAAAUCUCUGCUACCAAACCUACCCGUGAUUAUCGGAGAUAUAUACCAGAAAUGGACGGAGGAGGAGGAGGAGGAGGAGCAGACGCACAGUAUGCGCGUGCCAAGACAUCAGUCUGGUGGGACAUAGAGAACUGCGCUGUACCGAGAGGCUGUGACCCUCAUGCCAUAGCACAAAACAUAAGCUCAGCUCUUGUCGAGAUGAACUAUUGUGGUCCCGUCUCUAUUUCCGCUUAUGGUGACACUCAUGGUAUCAAUCCUGAUGCUCAAAUGGCUCUUUCUAGUACUGGUAUUGCUCUCAAUCAUGUCCCUGCAGCAGGUGUUAAAGAUGCAAGUGACAAGAAGAUUCUUGUUGAUAUGUUGUUCUGGGCGGUGGACAAUCCUGCGCCAGCAAAUUACUUGUUGAUUUCUGGUGAUCGAGACUUCUCUAACGCCCUUCACCAGUUGAGAAUGAGGAGAUACAAUAUUCUCCUAGCACAGCCCCCGACAGCAUCCGCAGCCCUGGUCGCUGCUGCAAAGAGCGUAUGGCUUUGGACGAGUCUCUUGGCUGGAGGACGGCCACUCCCUGAAUUUGAAUUACAACAACUCCGUAGCAAAAACUACACGUCCACUUCAAACACGACACAGAUUCCAGCGUCCGAUACCGCUCAAAUAAAGGAACCAGCAGAUACCUAUUCUGAGAAACCGUAUGUGGCUAAUCAGAAGUCUCCUUCCACAUCAAGGCGUGCUAAAGGGAGAGCGAACGCAAUCCUGAGAAACCCGAGCCAAACAAAUGAGUCAAAAACAACAGGCACGCCUCUUGAACCCAGUGCGACUCCUCCAAUGCCUGGCAGACCCAACGGAACUAGCUCCACCUCUGCACCAUCUACAAGAGUGCCUGCCUUUGAUAUUUUGAACAAUUUUGGACACCCUGCCAGCUCUAGCCCACAACCACAAAAUCCAGAGCUAAAGCAUGAUCCCAAGAAUAAACCAGACAGUAAAAAAAAUAAGAAAUCAAAAGGUGAAAACUCAAAAGGGUCUGGUGAAGGAAAAGGACAAGAGCUAAGUCAAAACAAGAAGAAUCCAGAGGGUGAAGACUCAAAAGGGUCUGGUGAAGGAAAAGGACCAGAGCUAAAACAUGAUCUCCAGAAGGAACCAGGCAGUUCAAACAAGAAGAAACCAGGGGGUGAAAACUCAAAAGGGUCUUGUGAAGGGAAAGUACCAGAGCUAAAACAUGAUCCCCAGAAGAAACCAGAGGGUGAAAACAAGAAGAAACCAGAGGGUGAAAACAAGAAGAAACAAGACUGCAAAAACUCAAAAGGGUUUUGUGCAGGAAAAGAACCAGAGCUAAGUCUAAACAAGAAGAAUCCAGAGGGUGAAAACUCAAAAGGGUCUGGUGAAGGAAAAGGACCAAAGCUAAAACAUGAUCCCCAGAAGAAACCAGAGGGUGAAAACAAGAAGAAACUAGACGGCAAAAACUCAAAAGGAUUUUGUGCAGGAAAAGAACCAGAGCUAAGUCUAAACAAGAAGAAUCCAGAGUGUGAAAACUCAAAAGGGUCUGGUGAAGGAAAAGGACCAGAGCUAAAACAUGAUCCCCAGAAGAAACCACGCAGUCGAAACAGGAAGAAACCACGCAGUCGAAACAGGAAGAAACCAGAGGGUGAAGACUCAAAAGGGUCUGGUGAAGGAAAAGGACCAGAGCUAAAACAUGAUCUCCAGAAGGAACCAGGCAGUUCAAACAAGAAGAAACCAGGGGGUGAAAACAAGAAGAAACAAGAGGGUGAAAACUCAAAAGGUUCGUGUGAAGGAGAAGGACCAGAGCUAAAACAUGACCCCGAUAAGAAACCAGGGGGUGAAAACAAGAAGAAACAAGAGGGUGAAAACUCACGAGGGUCCUGUGAAGGAGAAGGACCAGAGCUAAAACAUGAUCCCGAUAAGAAACCAGAGGGUGAAAACAAGAAGAAACCAGAGGGUGAAAACUCAAAAGGGUCUUGUGCAAGAAGAGGAGCAGAGGUAAAACAUGAUCCCCAGAAGAAACCACGCAAUGAGAACAAGAAGAAACCAGAGGGUGGAAACUCAAAAGGGUCUCUUGGAGGAAAAGGACCAGAGCUAAGAGGUGACCCUAGUAAGAAACCAGGCAGUGAAAACAAGAAGGAACCAGCGGGUGAAGACAAGAAAGUGGCCAGUGCAAGAAAAGGUGUUUCAAUGAAAAAAGCAGUUGUUCCAAGAUCAAAAAGACAUGUUGGCGUAACAAAACAGGGCAAAGGUAAGAAAAAAUCACCUGCUGCUAAAGCUAAAGUGCGAAAGUAAAAGGGAAAUGACAUGGAAAAUGUUUUGAUGCGUUGCUACAUGACCUACAUCGUAUGGCAGCACUAUACACGCCUGCCACAAGGCUAUUAGUGUGCAAUGGCUCCCUUGUUUCUUUUGUCCUGGGGAUGAAGGAGAGGAUAUGUUGGGGGUAUUUACGGUUUUAUGUUAUUAGCGUGAAGAAGGUGCAGAAUCUUCUUUGUGCUUGCUGUUAUGUAAUCUUUACAUGUUUGGCGUGGGAAAAAUGCAAAUUUCUGUAUCUAUCAUGUCGUUUUCAUUCCAUUGUUUCUGGCAUUUUAUCCUCAAAUAGUUUUUGGGUUU